CACGGUUCUCAUGUGGUAGUUAAGUUCCGCAGCGCCGCUCAGCGCUUCAUUAUUUCCAGACUGUCGACGUGUGAGACGUAUCCGCUCAGAGACAUGGCUGAAACCGCUCCAGCUGCCGCCGCUCCUCCGGCUAAAGCUCCCAAGAAGAAGUCGGCGUCUAAACCCAAGAAAACGGGCCCGAACGUCAGGGACCUCAUCGUCAAGACCGUGACCGCCUCCAAGGAGAGAAGCGGCGUGUCCCUCGCCGCCCUGAAGAAGGCUCUUUCUGCGGGUGGUUACGAUGUGGAGAAGAACAACUCCCGCGUCAAGAUCGCCGUCAAGAGUUUAGUAGCCAAUGGCACCCUGGUCCAGACCAAAGGCACUGGCGCUUCUGGUUCCUUCAAGCUCAACAAGAAGCAAGUUGAAACCAAGAAGAAACCCGCUAAGAAAACCCCCGCGAAAGCAAAGAAGCCUGCUGCCAAGAAACCCGCCGUCAAGAAAUCCCCCAAGAAGGUGAAGAAACCGGCAGCCACCGCAGCAAAGAAGGCGACAAAGAGCCCCAAGAAGGCCAAGAAGCCUGCAGCUGCUAAGAAACCAGCCAAGAGCCCCAAAAAGGCGAAGCCAGCAGCCGCUAAGAAAGCAGCCAAGAGCCCCAAGAAGGUCAAGGCAGCCAAACCUAAAACGGCGAAGCCUAAAGCAGCCAAACCCAAAACGGCGAAGCCUAAGGCAGCCAAGCCUAAAAAGGCGGCACCCAAAAAGAAAUAAAUGUCACUCUUUGUGUAUGUUUCUUCCCAAAA